AGUUGUAAGGAAGCUGUUAAGAGAUUGCAUGUGGAGUGUUAUGGCCCAGUAAAGCUGAGCUUAGCGGUUGGUAUCCCUCAGCAGAACCAGUGCAUGUGCAGCUUGAUUUUCCUAUACCAGCUUUUUCUAGCUUGUUUUGGCCUUUUCUUCAAUGCUCAAAACCCCACCUACUGGGUUUUUUCUCCUUCCCUCUGCUUAUAAAUACUCGCUCAUAUUCAUGCCUUUGGACAACAAAACCUUAAAUUAGCAAAUUUAGUUUUAAUUUAGUGUUUUCUUCCCUUGGUUUGCUCAAUUGGCAAUGUCGGCUGAAACACUUUCUUUCUCUCUUAUUCUCUUGUGUUUCUCACUCUCUUUACGCGAAAUUUUAGCUGAUUAUGGAGGGUGGGAGAGUGCUCAUGCCACCUUCUACGGCGGCGGUGAUGCUUCAGGAACAAUGGGAGGAGCAUGCGGGUACGGGAAUUUGUAUGGGCAAGGGUAUGGAACAAACACAGCAGCACUAAGCACAGCGUUGUUCAACAAUGGAAUGAGCUGUGGAGCAUGUUAUGAAAUGAGAUGUGAUGAUGAUCCAAGAUGGUGUCUUCCUGGGACCCUCACUGUUACUGCUACUAAUUUUUGUCCACCAAAUCCUUCUCUCCCCAACAACAAUGGCGGAUGGUGUAAUCCUCCUCUCCAGCACUUCGAUUUGGCUGAGCCUGCUUUCCUCCAGAUUGCUCAAUACCGUGCUGGAAUUGUCCCUGUCGCCUUUCGAAGGGUUCCAUGUGUGAAGAAAGGAGGAACAAGGUUCACCAUUAAUGGUCACUCUUACUUCAACCUGGUGUUGAUCACCAACGUCGCCGGUGCAGGAGAUGUUCAUGCAGUUUCGAUCAAAGGAUCCAGAACAGGAUGGCAACCAAUGUCAAGAAAUUGGGGACAAAACUGGCAAAGUAACUCUUACCUCAACGGUCAAAGCCUAUCCUUUCAAGUCACCACCAGUGACGGUAGAACUGUGACAAGCUACAACGUGGUGCCUGCUGGUUGGCAGUUUGGCCAGACCUUUGAAGGAGGCCAAUUUUAAGGCUUAUUAUUAUUUUUUUAAAUAUAUAUAUAGUUACAUGAGCUCUUUAGUGGUCUUGUGAAGCUGAGGUGGCUAAACUAGCACCCGCUGGGCCUUCAAGUUCAAGGGCAUUUGAGCAAUAUAUUGACGGUUAGCAAGAAAUAAAAAUAAAAAUAUAUAUAUGUAAUGCAAAAUAUUUCGUUUUCUAA